UGGAUGCAGACAAAAUGGAAAACAACAAGACGGAAAAUGAGGUCAAAGACAAAACCCCAAAUCCCACUGUGAAACUGGAUACUGAUGCAUCAUGUACAAAAAAAGGAACCCCCUCCACUGCUCCUUUUGUUCAAGGUGCGGCUUCCACUUUGAAUGGUGUGGAGAAACCAGUGGACCAGGAAAACGCAGUUAAGCCAAAACUCCAAAUAACAUUCAACACCUUCACCGUCAAAAAUGGGGAGGAUCUGAAAGUGGAAAUACCGAUUGUUGGCCAGCCGGCCCCUGCAAUUGAAUGGCAAAAGGAGGGCCAGAUGGUCAAAGAGACAUCCAGGCUUGAGAUUGUAAUGACGCCAUCAUUAACAGUUCUUCACAUUAGACACGCUUGUCGUGAGCAUUCCGGUCAGUACUCAAUCACAGCAAGCAACAGUGCUGGAAAAUAUACUGGAGAAAUCACUGUGGUAGUUCUAGAAAAGCCUGACCCGCCCAUCGGGCCUGUGAGGGUCGAUGAAGUCAGUUCCGACUACGUCAUCAUUUCCUGGGAUCCACCUCAAUACACUGGAGGAUGCCAGCUGGACAACUAUGUGGUCGAGAAGCGUGAAUCCACCAGCACCGAUUGGCAGACUGUGUCUGCGACAACGGUGAGAACCACGGUUAAAGUCAGCAAGCUAAAGACCGGCAGUGAAUAUCAGUUCAGAGUGUCUGCUGAAAACAGGUAUGGAAAGAGCACAGCAGUCACAUCUCCCAUUGUUGUGGCUCAAUAUCCCUUCAGCGUUCCUAAUGCUCCCGGCGCACCCUUUGUUUCCACUGUAACAAAGUACAGCAUGAUAGUUGAGUGGAACCCCCCAACUAAAGAUGGUGGGAGUCCCAUUACCGGUUACCACCUUGAGCGCAAAGAGAGGAAUAGCAUUCUGUGGACAAAGCUCAACAAGCUGGUGAUUCCUGAUGCCCGCUUUAAAACAAGUGGCCUUGAGGAAGGAAUCGAGUAUGAGUUCAGAGUCGUGGCAGAGAAUAUUGCUGGGCUCAGCCCACCCAGCAGGAUAUCAGAAAGCUUUGUUGCAAGGGACCCUUGCGGCUCUCCUGGUAAACCUGAGGCAGUUGUGGUGACAAGAGAGAACGUCACUCUUCAAUGGUCUAAACCCACAUCUGAUGGCGGUAGCACCAUUACAGGUUAUGUUGUUGAAAAAAGGGAGGUGCCAGAUGGAAGGUGGAUGAAGGCAAACUUCACCAAUGUUAUUGAAACUGAAUUCACCAUCACAGGACUUACAGGAGGUCAACGCUAUGAGUUUAGAGUGACAGCGAAGAACGGUGCCGGUGUUUGGAGCACACCCUCAGAAAGCAUAGCAAUUAUUGCCCAGGACGUGGUUGAGGCACCCUCAGUGUCCAUGGAUCCAAAGUAUAAGAGCACGACUGUCGUCCAAGCUGGUGAGACGUUUGUUAUAGAGGCUGAUUACUUUGGGAAGCCGCUCCCUGAGGUUAGUUGGUUAAAGGACGGCAAAGAAAUCACCAAAAACACCCCAAGAAUGGAUGUUAGGAACACCCUUACUCAUACAUCGCUGACAGUCAGAGACAGCACACGCAUGGAAGGAGGACAGUUUGUCUUGAGGCUUAGUAAUAUUGACGGAAAGGCAUCUGUUCCAGUAAAUGUGAAGGUCUUGGAUCGACCCGGUGCUCCAGACGGACCGCUAAGAGUCAAAGUCAUCAGUGCAGAGAAGUGCAACCUCCACUGGAACCCUCCGCUGAUGGACGGAGGCGCCAUCAUUUCUCACUACCUGAUUGAAAAACGAGAGACCAGUCGAGUCACGUGGACCGGAGUUGAAAGUCGGGUUGAAGCUAUCAGUUUCAAGGUAACAAAACUGACACCUGGGAAAGAGUACAUAUUCAGAGUGGCAGCAGUCAACAAAUUUGGCGUUGGCGAUUUUCUGGAAUCAGAGCCUUUCGUUGCACAGAACCCCUUCACAACCCCCACUGCUCCUUCUGCCCCAACAGCCAGCGCUGUGACGGGGGAUUCUGCCGUGCUUACAUGGGAAAGACCUGAAUCAGACGGAGGAUCGGAGAUCGACGGAUACAUUGUGGAAAAGCGUGAUAAAGAAGGGGUCAGGUGGACAAAGUGCAACAAAAGAAGGCUAAAUGAUACCCGUUUCCGAUGCACCGGGCUCUCCGAGGGACAUCAUUAUCAGUUUAGGGUGGCAGCAGAGAAUGCAGCUGGUUUGGGUGCCCCAAGUGAGGCAAGCGACUAUGUGAAAAUCUGCGAAGCUUCUUAUGCCCCCGGUCCCCCUACAAAUCCUAAAGUGACAGAUCAUUCCAGCACCACUGUUUCCCUUGCUUGGUCUAAACCCAUUUAUGAUGGAGGUGCUGGCAUCAGUGGCUACAUGGUGGAGAGGAAAGAAGCAGCAGAAGAUGAGUGGAUCACAUGCUCACCAAAGACAGAGGAAACCAAGUAUAUUGUCAUGAGACUGAGGGAAAACGUGGAGUACAACUUUCGCAUACGAGCAUUCAAUGUCAAUGGAGUUGGGGAACAUGUGGAUCUUCCCACGCCAGUGGUUGCAUCAGAAAAACUGGAGGCACCAGAGAUUGAGUUGGACAGUGCUCUGAGAAAGAUCGUCAGUGUACGAGCCUGUUCAACACUUCGCCUCCAAGUUGCUGUCCGAGGGCGUCCAGAACCAGAAGUCAAAUGGUCAAAGGAAGACGGCACUCUCACUGAGCGUGCUCAGAUUGAAGUCACCAGUUCCUAUACAGUCCUCAUGAUUGAGAACGUCAAUCGGAGCCACACUGGGAAAUACGUCUUGACCGCUGAGAACUGCAACGGCUCAAAAUCUGCUUUCAUAAAUGUGAAAAUAUUGGACACUCCCAGUGCACCCACAAAUCUUGAAGUGAAAGAUGUUCAGAGAGACUCCGUGUCCAUCACUUGGGAGCCUCCUGUUGUUGACGGAGGUGCGAAGAUUUCCCACUAUGUGGUUGAGAAGCGAGAGGAGGCUAGGAAAGCCUUCACCAGUGUCUGUAGCAACUGUGUAAGAAACUCAUACAAAGUUGAAAACCUACAGGAAGGAUGCUUUUAUUACUUCCGUGUCCUGGCUGUGAACGAAUAUGGAACUGGACUUCCAGCAGAAACCGCUGAUGCCGUCAAAGUCUCUGAAGCUCCUUUACCGCCUGGUAAAAUAACCGUAAAUGAUGUCAGCGGACAGAGUGUCGCCCUUUCUUGGGAAAAACCAGCCCACGAUGGAGGAAGUAAGAUAACACGUUAUAUUGUAGAAAUGCAGCCAAAGGGUGACGACUCCUGGACAAUCUGUUCAGAGACCAAAGCUCUGGAAUGUGCAGUUAAUGGGCUCACAACCGGCAAAGAAUAUUCCUUCAGAGUUAGUGCCGUAAAUGAGAAGGGGAGAAGUGAACCGAAGCCUCUGCUGGCACCGGUCACUGUGCAAGACAUAACCUCCCUCCCGGCGAUCAAGCUGAUGACCAGUCAGUUCAGUGUGAGGGCAGGAAGCGAUUUGAAAAUAGACGUUCCAUUCGUAGGUGUCCCUCUGCCAACUGUCACCUGGAAAAAAGACGGCGAUGCAUUGAAAGAGACAAGCAGAGUAAAUGUGUUCACAUCUGAUUCUUCAUCUCAAAUCACAAUCAAGGACGCGACUAAGAUCGAUGUUGGCACGUAUGAGGUGACGCUGACCAACGCGAUUGGAGCCACGUCCACUGAAAUCUCUGUUAACGUUUUCGAAAGACCCGGGCCUCCGAGUGACCUUGUUGUGGAUGAAGUCAGUGCAGACUUUGUUUCCUUAAUUUGGCAUCCUCCUCAUUACUCAGGCGGCUGUCAGAUCAGUAAUUACGUGGUCGAGAAGAGAGAUACGGGCAGCACACUCUGGCAGACGGUGUCUGCAACCGUGGCCCGGACAUCGAUUAAAAUCUGCCGUCUCACACAGGGCGCUGAAUAUCAAUUUCGGAUUGCGGCUGAAAAUCGAUAUGGAAAGAGUUCAUACGUUGAGUCUGAUUCGGUUGUUGCCCAAUAUCCCUUUAAUGCCCCGAGCCCACCGGUCAAUCUCUCUGUCGCCAGUGCAUCAAAGUCUGCCAUUGUGAUUGUGUGGGGCAAACCGGAGAGUGAUGGUGGAAGUCCGGUUAUUGGUUAUCAUAUUGAAUACAAAGAUCAGAGUAGCAUUCUUUGGACAAAACUCAACAGAAGUCCAGUCACUGAGAGCAGAUUCAAGGUUACAUGUGUUGAAGAAGGUCUUGUAUACGAGUUCCGGGUUUGCGCGGAGAAUAUGGCUGGUAUCGGACAAUUCUGCGAAACUUCAGUGCCUGUUGCAGCAAGAGAUCAAUGUGACCCCCCACAGAACCUCAUGGUAAAUGAGAUAACAAACAGCUCUGUCUUGCUCUCCUGGGAUAAACCGGAAUAUGAUGGCGGUGCCAAAAUAACCGGGUACAUUGUUGAGCGCAGAGAGCUCCCAGAUAACUGCUGGCUCAAAUGCAACUUCACUAACCUUCUGGAAACCUUCCUGGAGGUGACUGAACUGACAGAGGGUGAGCAGUACGACUUUAGAGUUUUUGCCAAAAAUGCUGCUGAAAGCUUUAGCCUGCCAUCUGAAACUACCGGACCUGUUACCAUACAACAUGAUGCAGAGCCUCCUAAAAUAACCGUGGAGGAUAAGUAUAGGCAGAUUGUGGUCGUGAAAGUGGGCGAGCUCAUCAGGAUAGAUGCUCAAAUUUCUGGGCGUCCCAGUCCCACUGUUAUGUGGUCGAAGAACGGUAGGGCAGUUGAGUCAAAGGGAAGAGUUGGAAUCACGGCAACACAGACGCGUACGUCAUUAGUUAUUAAAGAAAGUGUGAGGAAAGACUCCGGACAGUACCUUUUAACCUUACAGAACUCAGUUGGUGCCUCCUCGAAAGCUAUUACCUGCAAAGUCCUGGACAGAUCAGGGCCACCCGCAGGACCUCUGGAAGUUUCUGGAAUGUGUGCCGAGAAAUGCACGCUCUCAUGGGGACCUCCUCAGGAGACUGGUGGAGCUGAAAUCACACAUUAUAUCGUUGAGAAAUGUGAAACCAGCCGCGUUUCUUGGACGCUUGUGUAUAGCGACAUGAUGGCAACCACCUGCAAAAUAACCAAGCUGCUUAAAGGAAACGAAUACUUAUUUAGAGUGAGAGCUGUGAACCAAUACGGGGAGGGGGAGACUUUAGAGAGUGAGCCCAUCAAAGCCGUGGACCCUUUUGUAAUUCCAUCUGCUCCAACUGAUGUGGAGGUCACAAGCGCGGCCAGUGAGGCGAUGACGGUCUGCUGGAAGAGGCCUGCAUCAGACGGUGGCAGCCGAAUCAGUGGUUACAUCAUAGAGAGACGGGAGAAACAAGGUGUGCGUUGGAUUCGUGUCAACAAAAAGCCAGUCUAUGAUCUGAGAGUCAAAGCCACUGGUCUGCAUGAAGGAUGCGAGUAUGAAUACAGAGUCUUUGCUGAGAAUGCUGCCGGGCUCAGUGAACCCAGCAUCCCAAGCCCUCUUACUCUGGCAGAGGAUCCAAAGUUUCUUCCUUCUCCUCCCGCCAAACUUGCCAUCAUAGACUCCUCAAAGUCCUCAAUCACGCUAUCAUGGAACAAGCCACUGUUUGAUGGUGGAGCAGUAGUUACUGGAUACAAAGUUGAAUUCAGAAAGUUGGAAGAAGACACCUGGACUGUUGCCGCUGCUAACACUGAUAAAACAGAGUUUACAGUGGCUGGACUGGCAUCUGGAUCAGAAUAUGUCUUUGCAGUGCGGUCCAUCAACAAGAUGGGCUUAAGUGAGCCGAGUCCUGAAACAGAUCCCCAAGCUCCUGUAGAGCGGGAGGAAGAACCCAGGUUUGACAUCGACAGCGAGAUGAAGAAAACUAUUCUUGUUAAAGAAGGCAGCUCUUUCACAUUAUCAGUGCCCUACACGGGCAAACCGGUUCCUGACGUGACGUGGGAAAAGGCAGAUGUCGAUUUGAGAGUGAGAGGGAUGAUCAACACAAGCAACACUGUCACCUCCAUCACCGUGGAGCGAGCUACGAGAGAUGACAGCGGCAAAUAUACAGUCAAAUUUCAGAAUGCAGCAGGAAGCACUUCCUUGAGUCUAGCUGUGCGGGUUCUGGACUCACCUGGACCUCCAACACAUGUGGGAGUGAAAGACGUGACGAAGAACUCAGUCACCGUGACCUGGGACAUCCCUGAGAAUGAGGGAGGGGCAUCUGUAAACAAUUACCUGGUUGAUAUCCGGGACAUCAGCAGGAAAGGAUGGAUGCGACUCACAGACAAAUGCCAGCGCCUGUCCUAUAAGGUUCCUGACCUGGAGGAGGGAGGGAUCUACUUCUUCAGAGUGACAGGGGAGAACGAGUACGGCAUUGGCGUGCCAGCAGAGACCAAGGAAGGAACAAGAACGGCAGAUCUCACAGACUGGGAGGUUCUGAAUCCAGGAGCCUAGAAUGAACCUUCACAAGAUCUUUUUUCUGUUCAGAGCUCAUUCUCUUAUUAUGAAUUUGUGUUACAAAAGUUGAUAUGCUAAAACUAAUCCAAUGUUUGUCAAUGUUUAUAUUUGUAACUGUAUUCAAUAACAAGUCACAUAAAUAAAU